UGAGUUGUGAAAUGUCAACUUGGUUUCCUCAUGUCUCAUCACUAGAAGUUGCCGAAGGAUCCUAAGUUCACUGACACUGAGUGAUGUAAUUGCAUGGUACAUUCUCUUGCCUGGCCCAAAAUUAUGCACCUUAGGCAAGAAGCAAACCUGUCAAAAAGAACUGAGAAAAUAACUCAGUGAAUGAGAAAUCAUUGCAAGGAUAAGAGGAACAUCCAGGGGCCUAGGACUGUUCUUAUGCAGCAACUGACCCAAAAAUGAAAAUUAGAGAAAAUGACAUGGAUUGUUGAGCAGAAUCGAACAUGGGCAGAAUGGGCUGCCAUUCGUGUGUUGAAGGUUGGACCAAUACCACAUCAUUUGGCUGUCAUUAUGGAUGGGAACCGAAGAUUUGCCCGUAAAGAACAAAAAGAUACCCUGACUGGACACAAACAAGGUUUCCAUAAACUUACAGAAGUGUUGUGCUGGUGUCGUGACCUGGGUAUUAAUGAAGUUACAGCAUACGCUUUCAGUAUUGAAAACUUCAAGCGUUCAAAACAUGAAGUCAAUGGUCUUAUGGAUUUAGCAGCAGAGAAGUUUGCAAAACUGCUGGAGGAAAAAGAUAAGUUAGCUAAGCAUGGUGUUUGCAUUAGGGUGUUAGGAGACUUGACACUUUUACCGUCUGUAAUUAGAAAACUUGCUGCAGAAGCAAUAUUGGCAACAAGACAUAACAACAAGUGUUUUCUUAAUUUGGCAUUAGCUUACACAUCUAGAGCUGAAAUAACUUCUGCCAUGAAUGAUUUACAAGAGGGAGUGAAGGAAAGGAAAAUUGAAACCAAUGAUAUUUCAGAAGAGCUGCUAGAACGUUGUUUAUAUACUCAUGGUUCAAGAGAUCCUGAUUUACUUGUAAGAACUUCUGGAGAAGUAAGGUUAUCUGAUUUUUUACUUUGGCAGAGUGGUUUUUCCUGUCUCUUCUUCACUAAAGUGCUGUGGCCAGAGUUUACAAUAUGGCACUUAUUUGGAGCAGUAUUUUAUUAUCAGCGCCACUACCACACACUUGCUGAAGCGAGAAAAAAAACAGUAUCUCAGAGAGAACAUGCUGUUGAUGAAAGUGAUAUUGAAAGGUGCCGUUUCAUGUAUGGUGAUAAAGUUUCCCAGGAACAAAUUAAUGCCUAUGCCAGGGGACGAAAAGAGCGUGUAAAUGAUUUUUUAAAUGACUUGUAUGAAAACAGAAUAAAUUUCUAUGGUAAUAUUGCAAAUGAGAAAACUCUUUCAUGAAGUCAUUAACUUUUUAUUAAAUACUUUAUAAGAUGAAUUAUAGCAUACUGUUAAGAGGAAUAUAUUUUGUACCAUGGUUUAAAGUUCUACACUCCAAGUUCAUUUGCUUUGUUUGUAUUCUUGUAUUAUAUGAAAAUGGAAUGAAGCUAUCUCAUACAAUAUUUGUUUAAGUCUUGAGGCUUCCAGUGAAUAUAACAUAUUUUGUAAUAUAAAAUGUGAUAAAUAAAAAUUGAACUUUACA